UCUUUCCUUCACCUCUCCCUCUUUUGGCCCAUCUCGCUGUGGAGCGCCCUAGCCCCCUCGUUCGUCUUCCUCCUCGCGCACAACUCCAUUCCAGUAGCGCAAGCGCCGCCGCCGGUUGAUCUCCCCUUCGAUUCUUUCGCUUCCGGCCGUUUCUCCUCCCAUCACUCCACGAAUCUAUUCUUCCCUGUAGCUCCCCGUUUUAUGUCCUUAAUCUCCCCUAAUUCGUAACUGAGGCAAAAAUCAAGGUUCCUGGGCCAUGGUAGGCUGGCGGGCGUCGGGCGUUCGUGCCGUUCUUCGCCGGCUCGGCGCGGCGGCGGCGGAGAAACCAGAUAGCCGUGUGUUCGCGGCGAGCUAUAGCAGCAGUACGAGCAGCAGCGCGAAUGCUCCAUUUCGCUUGGGACAAUACACAAAUUUGUUGAGGGCACACACUUCCACCUCCAGGGGGAUUCCAGCGAACUUCCAUCAGCUGUUCCGCAAUGCUGGAAUAUCAACCACUAGGAACUUACUUGCUGCAGAUGAUGCUAUGGUUCCCACUUCUUCUCCUUUGACACCUCCACUGGAGGAUGCAGAAGAGACUGACAAAAAGGGGGCAGUGGUUAAGCGACUGAAAGUCCAAGCCAUAAAGAAGGAUAUCAAGCAGAGCCCUAAGAAGGUGAAUCUGGUAGCCAAGCUGGUUCGAGGAAUGCGUGUGGAAGACGCCCUUUUGCAGCUGCAAGUGACAGUUAAAAGGGCCGCAAAAACUUUGUACCAGGUGAUUCAUUCUGCUCGUGCCAAUGCAGCUCACAACCAUGGACUGGAUCCUGAUAAACUUAUUGUCGAAGAGGCCUUUGUGGGGAAAGGGCUUUAUCUUAAGAGGUUGUCUUACCAUGCCAAAGGAAGGUGCGGUGUCAUGGUGAGACCUAGGUGCAGACUGACGGUGGUAGUUAGAGAAGCUACAGCUGAGGAAGAAGCAAAGAUUGCUAAACUCAGAGUUAGCAACUACAAAAAGCUCACCCGAAAGGAGAAGCAGCUCAUGCCUCACCGGCUUAUUGAGGUUAGCCCAAGGUGGGCUCGCAAAAGGAAAGAGGAGGCUGGUGCUACAGCAUAGUUAUGAGUUUCCGUCUGCAGGGAUGGUCUUUCUUCACUGGCGUGGAGCUGGAGAAUAGCUGCAUCUUCAGUCUUCUGGUUCAUCCGUUGAAAUUUACAAAACAGUUGUGACUCUCACGUGAAAGAAUUGGUGUUGUCAUUUGCCUGACCAGUCUUUGUUCUGUUUGUGUCGUCUGUAUGAAGAACUGUUUCAAGAUAUUUACCCUGAGAUAUUUUGGUUUUGAUGGCAAAAUCUGCUUAACAAUAAAUAAAUUGACUGUUGAUGGUGUUGUUUGAUCA